AUGAGCAGGGCGUCGAGCUGGGACAUGGACGGGCUGCGGGCCGAGGGCGGCUCGGGGGGCUCGUCGCCUCCGCCUCCUCCUCCGCCUCCUCCUCCGCCGGCGGUGGGGUCGGUCUCGGCUCCGUGCCGGGGCUUCCUCAGCCCCCCGGGGUUCGGGCCGCCCUCGGUCCGGGCGACGGCGUCCGGCUUCGCCUACCCGGGCGGGGCUCCCGAGCGGUCCGGCUCUUCGUCCUCCGCCGAGGCGGCCCCGGCCAAGGACUGUCCGGCCCCGGCUCCCCCGGCCGCCCCGGCGCUGGGCUACGGCUACCACUUCGGCAACGGAUACUACAGCUGCCGCAUGUCCCACGGCGUGGGACUCCAGCAAAACGCCCUCAAGUCUUCCCCCCACGCCUUCCCCGUGGAAAAGUACAUGGACGUCUCCAGCCUGGCCAGCACCAGCGUCCCCGCCAACGAGGUCCCCUCCCGGGCCAAGGAAGUGUCCUUUUACCAGGGCUACACCAACCCUUACCAGCACGUCCCCGGGUACAUUGACAUGGUCUCCACCUUCGGCUCCGGGGAGCCGAGGCACGAAACGUACAUUUCCAUGGAGGGCUACCAGUCCUGGACCCUGGCGAAUGGCUGGAACGGCCAGGUUUACUGUGCCAAAGACCAGUCUCAGAGCUCACACUUUUGGAAAUCCUCCUUUCCAGGGGACGUGGGUCUAAAUCAGCCUGAUAUGUGUGUCUACAGACGUGGGAGGAAGAAACGAGUGCCGUAUACCAAAUUGCAGCUCAAAGAACUCGAGAACGAAUACGCAAUUAACAAGUUCAUUAACAAGGACAAGAGGCGAAGGAUAUCCGCAGCCACAAACCUGUCUGAGAGACAAGUGACCAUUUGGUUUCAGAACCGAAGAGUGAAGGACAAGAAAAUAGUCUCCAAACUCAAAGACAAUGUCUCGUGAUCCAGGGCGGAGGGCAGUAACGGACAAUAAAAGCGGAAUCAGCCCUUCUCCUCCCAGAAACUAUGGGAUAGACUUGAAAAUAUAUUUAAUUUUUUUCCUUCUCCCGGCGAUGGCGACAUUUUGAGAACCAACUUGUCUUUCGUGUCCGCAUUUGGCUGUAAAGGAAAUGUUGCCGAACUUGAAUUUGUAGUUUUGUUUCUUACCGGGCUAUUGGUGAUUUUACUUUUAUUUAGUAUUUCCCAAAGUUUUGAUUUCCCCCUCCAGCCCAGUAGAGAGGAAUUGAUCUAGUGUGAACCAUUUUCAUUACGAAUUUCAGCACCCCGAAUCUGUUCACUAUCUUUGUUUAAAAAAAGGAUCGACAAUCUGGCACCCACACACUUUCACUUAGUAUUUGCAGUCACAAACCGCUAUGGCCAAACGAUUUUAAUUUUAAGAAACACCCAGUAAUUGGAAUGACGAAAUAACCACAAAGCAAUAAUUACCCCAAUUCAAGCUGGAGGAUGCCAGCCCGGGAAA